AUGACGUCCAAACCAUCUUCCCGGGUCAUUUCCCGCCAGCGAAUCUUUCCCGCGGCAUUUCCACCAGCCGAACAAGCAACGGUCACUCGACUGUCCAUUGUCGACGCCUCUGUAGCGCGAUUUUCUACCUGCGCAGCGGUAUGGCUCUACAACCCGGCGCAGGCGUCGCAGGACAGCACGCUGCGCCACGAGCGCCUGCGACAGGCCCUGAGCGAGACCCUCGACGACUACCGCCACUUCGCCGGGCAGCUGCGGUGGGCCACCCGGGACGACAUCCCGCCCGGCGACCCCAACCCGCGCCACGUCGGCCGGCCGCUGGUCUCGUACGGCACGCCCGCCGACCCGGGCGUCGAGCUCGUCUACGCCGACCUCGACCGGCGGCUGGGCGAGGUCGUGCCCAGCGCCGAGGACCGCAGGACGUCCGGGAAGACCUGGGCCGCCACCGACUUCCCGCAGGACGAGCUGCUGCCCUCCCGCUGCAGGCUCGCGUUCACCUCGAGCCUGGCCGAGUUCGACGGCCUGCCCGGCGUGGCGGUGCAGCUCACGAGGUUCGGCUGUGGGGGGUGGGCCGUCGGCGUCAUGAUGAGCCACUGUCUUGCUGACGCCGUGUGCCUGCUGCGGUUCGUGCACUCGUGGGCCGCGAGGUCGCGGGCGCGGGUCACUGGUGGUGAGCCUGCGGCGCCUGGAAACACACUCCCGAAGCCGUUGUUCGAACCCGGCCUGCUCGACCAGCACGCCGGCCUCACGGGGAGCCCCGAGCCAGACGCCGACAAGGUCGCGCUGGCCCGGUCGCUGCCCAUGCACCGCUACGACUGGUGGGCUACCGAUGCCCCAGGGUAUCCUUCUUGGGCGACGGCGUCGUCGGACGCCACGAAGCCGCAGGGCCGGGAGGAGAUGGGGAAGCUGAGCCCCUCGAGCUUCCCGCCGUGGCCGACUUGGGAUAUGUCGGCGCCGGUAGAGCACGUGCAGAUCCGCUUCGGGGCGGACGAGGUCGCGCGCAUCAAACAGGCCGCGCAGGCCACCCUGCCCGACGAACAGCAGCAGCAGCAGCAGCAGCCGCCCAUCUCCCGGCUCGACGCCCUCCUCGCGCACAUGUGGAUCCUCAUCAACCGCGCGCGAGGGCACCACACGACGCAGGAGCAGGUCUACCUGGACGUCACCCUGGGGCUCCGGGGCCGCGUCAGCCCGCCGCUGCCGGACUCGUUCGCCGGCUCGCCGAUCCUGCUGGGCCACGUGUCGCGGCGCGGGUCCGACGUCGCAGGGGCGGUUGACGGGACCGGGACCGGUCUCGGGGCCAUCGCGCUCGAGAUCAGGCGGAUGACGGCGCUGUUCACGCCGCGGGCGGUCGCGGCGUACCUGCACGACGCGGCGCACGAGGUCAGCCCCCAGAGGCUUUGGCAGGCGUUCCUCGGGGGCCGGCACACGCUGGUGACGUCGUGGGUGCGCGCGGGGGCGUAUGAGGUUGAUUUCUGCGGGGGUGCUGGUGGGACGCGGCCGGUCUAUGUCCAGGGCAAGAUGCCGCGGAUGGAUGGGGUAUUGCAGGUGAUGGACGUGGGCGAUGAGACGGGGGGCUUUGAUGUCAGCUUGUGUCUUGAGGGGGAGGCGAUGGGGAGGUUGCUUGGGGAUGGGUUGUUGAGGAAGUAUGAGCGGUGA